CGAGCGAAGCGGCUCGGCAGCAUGGCGUCUGUGUCGCUGAGCGAGGCUGAGAAGGUGUAUAUCGUGCACGGCGUUCAGGAGGACCUCCGUGUGGAUGGCCGUGGCUGUGAGGACUACCGAUGUGUCGAAGUAGAAACCGACGUGGUGUCUAACACCAGUGGGUCUGCCAGGGUCAAGCUGGGUCACACAGACAUCUUGGUGGGAGUGAAAGCAGAAAUGGGGACACCGAAGCUAGAGAAACCAAAUGAAGGUUACUUGGAGUUCUUCGUUGACUGUUCAGCCAAUGCUACCCCUGAAUUUGAAGGUCGAGGAGGUGAUGACCUUGGCACAGAGAUCGCUAACACCCUCUACCGGAUAUUUAACAACAAGAGCAGCGUCGACCUGAAGUCCCUCUGCAUCAGCCCCCGGGAGCACUGCUGGAUCCUCUACGUGGACGUACUGCUGCUGGAAUGUGAUGGGAAUCUGUUCGACACCAUCUGCAUUGCUGUGAAGGCUGCUCUCUUCAAUACAAGGAUACCGAGAGUUCGUGUUCUAGAGGAUGAAGAGGGGUCCAAGGACAUUGAACUCUCAGAUGACCCUUACGACUGCAUCCGGCUAAGUGUGGAGAAUGUCCCCUGCAUUGUCACUCUGUGCAAGAUCGGCUAUCGGCAUGUCGUGGACGCUACUCUUCAAGAGGAGGCCUGCUCCUUGGCCAGCUUGCUGGUGUCCGUGACCAGCACGGGAGUCGUGACGUGCAUGAGAAAAGUGGGGAAGGGCAGCCUGGACCCAGAGAGCAUCUUCGAGAUGAUGGAGGGAAAAGUGUUUUGUGGACAAGUUAUCUGGAUCUCUGAAAAUACCCCUUUCCUCGUCGGAUAAUCAGCGUGUCCACUUACCUACACCUGGGCGUGCUGCGCCCUCCUUCACUGUUGCCACCGCAGUUGCUGACCGUCGGGCCCUGGGAGCUCCCCCAAGCUGGCUCUGAGUGCUCCCGGCAUGUCUCCGUCAUCCCUUGAGCACUCACUUGCCUGCUUUCUGGAAAAACUUGUUCAUUUUUUACUUUCCCUGCCUGGGCCCUGGAAUCGGGCCUCUCGUCCAGGUGCUCUGGUUCCUUUUCUCGGGAAGCUGGGUUGAGAAGCCAGGGCUUAGAGGCUAGGGGUGCUGGGGGCCUUGGAGGGGCUGCUGCUCCACGGCACUCCCAGUGAUAGCUAGGGACCCGAUGUGCACAUUUCCAUCUAAACGCAUGGGCUCAUCUUUAUGUGUUGAAGUCCACAGUCGCACAGCGAUGGCUCUAACUGUUAUCCUCCACCAUGGGAUAUCCUCCAGCAUUCUAGUUACCUGCCUCCCCGAAUUGGCCCCUCCCUUCUCAGAUGAUGAGGAAACGGGCUCCCUUGUUCUAUAACAGAUUUGCUGAUUUGAUGGAUGGAGCCCUGUAUGUAACCUACCUCUUAUCCCGUCCAUGCCCCGCACCCGACCUCCCACGCAGGAUGAUCUCCUCCUCUCCUCGCUUGGACCUCAGCUCUCCAUACAGGGUCCCUGUCCCUGCAUCACCCCCACCCCCCCCAUGCCCUUCUCCACCCUGUUGGGCCAGGACGAUCUUUUCUUCCUGCUCCACCCUGUCCCUCACCUUCCCCCUCUCCCCGUGUGGUCACCUCUGCUUCAGGAUAGGAUGAUGGAGAGACAGAAACGUGAAGCAAGGAGAGGAUUCCCUGGUAUUUUGACCCAAAGAUGCACCAAAUGUGUAAAGACGGAACCACAAAAUUAUCUAUGCAGUCAGGCGUUGAGCCCCGGGUCACGGAGUGUACCUGUUUUGAGCUAAUGCUGGGGAACGGGGCACC